CUCCAACAACAGCUCCGCCAUGAAGGUCCUGCUGGUACUCCUCGUCGCCGUCGUCGCUGUGGCCGUGGCUAGACCCGGCUACCUGGGCGCUGCGCACGGUGUAGUCCCUGCCGCCCACGCAGUGGUGGCCGCGCCCCACGCCGUCGUCGCCGCCCACGCCGCCCACGGCGUCCACCCGGGCCUGGCCGCCUACGGCCCGGUGCACAUCGCCGUCGGCCCCGGUGGCUACGUGCAGGACACACACGAGGUGGCCGCCACCAGAGCCGCCCACCUGACCGCCGUCGCCCAGACGCAGGCCCGCGACGCCCACAUCAACGGCGCCUACGCGCACGCCGCCCUCGCCGCCCCCGCUGCCGUCGUCGCCGCCCCACACGCUCCCGCUCUGCUCGGAGCGCACGGCCUCGGCUACGCCUACGGACACCUGCCCAUCCACGGCUGAAGCCUGCUGUCGCGCCGGACGCCCCACCGCUGUCACCCCAAAUUGUGUACAAACUAACUUAUAAGUAAAUAAACGUCGGCACAUCGAAAUGA